AUGAAGAUCUUCGCAUUCUUAUUGAUAUCUUUUGUUCUUCCUCUUCGAUCAGAAGCGAAUUUCAAAGCAGGCAAAAACCGAAUAUGUAUGAUAACAGUAUACUCAACUUGCAUUCUUUUCGUCUUCUCGCUUGUUAUUUUCAUUUCUUCACUUCUGAGUUUCUUCAAGAACCGAAAACUUCACAAAUUCCAACUCUCGGAUCCACAGGCAAAUAUCUAUUACAAAGACAAGGAGAAAACACCGAAAUUGAAAAGAAAAGUUUUGGAAGCUAUGGAUAAAGGAGGAUCGGUUUAUAAGAAACCGAAUAAAAAGACCAACAAAACUACGAGUAAUUCAAGUCAAAGUUCGAAUAUGGAGAGUCAGGGAACACUGUGUCUACCAGCCCCACAAGAGAGACUUUAG